AUGUCGCGCGAACAGUACACCCCGCCCGCCCUCAGUGGCCAGCAAAACACCACCAACCCCGGCGCCAACACCUCUCAAGGCGGCUUCAACAUCACAGGCGGCAGCACCUUCGAAGAUACCUCGAAACCCGUCAACUACCUCUGCGGUGACUGCGAUACCAAGGUCAUCUUGAAGAAGGGCGACCCCAUUCGGUGCAAAGAGUGCGGCUACCGUGUUCUGUACAAGGAGCGCACGAAUAGAAUGAUUCAGUUCGAGGCGCGAUGA